CUAAUCACAUGAUACUGAAUUACUUGUAGAUGGCACUAUCUGAAUCCCAAAUACCACCUGACGCCCAGCACUAUCUGGUGUGUGGCUUUGAAGACUGUGAGAGGAACUGCCUGUUUUACUGCAAUCCUUGUCACCAACUGAUGUGUGAACAAUGCAAGGACAACCAUCAGAAGAGUCCAAAAACCAAGAACCAUGAAGUGGUCCCUUACCGGGAACGUAAACGACAAAUUCCAGUGGAGAAAUGCAGCAACCACCCCACUAAGGAUAUAGACAUUCUUUGUGAUGAAUGCAAUGUGCCUUUAUGCUCCAAGUGUUCUACAAUGCCUGUCCACAAGGGGCAUUCCUUUAUUGACUUGGAGACAAUUUAUACAGAAAAAUCUGCAGCAUGUACAGAAGAAAUCCAAAAAAUUCAAACAUACUUCAUGCCAACAGCAAAAGAUUUGCAAAAGGAAAUAAAAAUGGAUGCCACAGAAAUAAAGGCAAUCAUAGAUAGCAUAAGAUCAUCCAUGAGGGAUGAAGCCAAGUCUCUCAAAAAACUGGUAGACGAAGUGACAUCAGAUAACAUAGAACAAGUCAACAAAAUGGAAGAGUCCCUAAAAGAGAUGCUUCAGAGUCAAGACAAAACAUACCAAGAUUACAUCUCCUAUCUGGAGGACCUUGUCAAACAGUUCCAGGGCUACCUGUCCUCUACUCAACUUCAAUGCAAUCCCAUCCUUUCCUCACUUUCUGAACACCUAAAAAUCCGACCCAUACCAGAGACCACCAAAUCAGUCCCUCCAGUAUUUACUGCUGGUCAAUACAGCAAGGAGGAUGUUGUCAAACUACUGGGUAGAGUAACUGUUCCUGACACUAAGCCUGAGAACAGAAAAAUAAAACCCAUGGAGACUGCUGUCUCUAUACAGUUAAAACCUACAGGAAAACAGAGGAAACAAGACAGAGAGAAAUCUGACAUGAAACAAACACAGUCUCAAUCUUCCUCUGUCACCAAGGUCAGGGAGUACACAGUACCAGGUGUUGAUGGUGUUUAUCAUGUAUCACUAGGUAAAUCUGGCAGACUCUGGGGCAGUGAUAAAAAAGGUAACCUUGUCCAAACAGAUCUACAGGGGAAUCAGCUACAGAAGAUACAAACCAGUGGUGGAUAUGAAGGCUACCACACAGUCACACAGGACGGGGAUCUGAUCUAUAUAGACAAAGACAACAAAGUCAUCAAUAGGAUAGCACUGGAUAAUACAAUCACUGAAUUCAUUAAAACAGGAGGUGGGAUAUUACCACUCAGCAUACACUCCUCCCACAUCAUUGGGGACCUACUGGUGGGGAUGAUUUGUAAAGUUACCAGGUACAACAAGACAGGGAAAGAAAUACAGAACAUAGAGAGGGACAACAAAGGACAGGAACUGUACAGAUGUCCACACUACAUCACAGAAAACAUUAAUGGUGAUAUCUGUACAUCAGACAUAAAAAUAGUAGUGGUGGUGAAUAAAUCAGGACAACACAGGUUCUCCUACACAGGUCAGGGGUCACAGUUUGAUUCCCGUGGACUGUGCACUGAUCUCCUGGGUCACAUCCUGGUGUGUGAUUUCUACAGUGACACAGUUGAUCUUCUGGAUCAGGAUGGUCAGUUUUUGUGUCAUCUACUCACAAAACAACAAGGGGUAACACACCCCCAUAGUGUGUGUGUGGAUGAUGAGAACAAUCUUAUUGUGGGACGAAAUAACACCAACACACUGACAGUGUACAAGUAUCUACAGUGAUGGUGCAAUGUCACAAUAACAACAUGAUGAAACUAUUUACAUGUAUCAUUAUGCUAUUAAGUUGUAAUAUUUAAAGAAUCUAGUUACUUUUACAUGUUGU